AUGAGAUCAAUGUCGACAUCAGAGCCAGAGAGUGAUGCCGUCAACACAGACGGCGCAGAAACCAUCAUUCGUGUCUUGUCGCCCAUCCUGCUGGAGGCAAUUCAAAUUGUCAGCGAUAAUGAUCCCGUGCUGGACCGGUACUAUGCGCACCACGACGGGAGAGACUUCUUUGACAUGGAUGUUUUUGCUUACCAUUUCCUUCCGCGAUUAAGAGAAGGUGCCAGAAAUCUGAGCCAGGAACAGAGAUACCAGUUUCAGGAUCUUCUUGACUUUCUUCAAACACGAUUUGGAAAUGCAUGGCGAAAGGCCCAAAUCCUCUUUGGCGAAGGAUUGGUGGAUGUCAGCACAGCGCGAUAUCUUUUUGCACCGGCACACAUCUUGGUGCGGCGUGAUAAGAACAAGCAGAUCACUGGAGUCGUCCAGGCAUCUUUCUCGGAAGCAUCAUAUGAAGAAGACCGAGUCACAUUGGAAGGGGACGCGCACUCGUGGAGUUUCAACGGAAGCUUCUUCCGAGAGACGAUCUCAGUUAGCGUAGUCUUGAAGGCACCACGCACAACUACUACGAAGAUCACAAAGUUGAGCCUCUACCCUCUUGAGUACGCCAAAUAUGAGACUGAAGAGCUCCUCCGUCUUCGAAGCGAAACGUUCUGGAGCUGCCGCCACUACAAUUACGUCACAUACAACGGCCCAAAUGUGACAGAAGAUACUGACUAUUUCGAUACCCGCUUCCUCGUCGACGUGACGGCUUACUUGAAGAUGCACGGCACCGACGAGAAGAGCAGCCGUGCCAAUGAAAACAAACGGGAUGAUCUGGGCACAAACGCCAUGGCUUCUAAAAACCCGCCCGAUCAUCUUCUGUAUUUGUUUCCGCCAAAUAUCUACGGUUUCGACAUCAUGGAGAAGAAGUGGGUCAAUUUGCGGGUGGACUGCAUUUCUCCGAUCCGCUGGAAUAAAUCAGCCUUCGAAACACUCGAGCUCAAACCCGAAAGCAAGAUGCUCAUCCGCGCCCUCGUCAGCAACAAAAUCGCGGCCGACCGUGCCACCGACAUGGUCUCAGGCAAAGGCACCGGUCUCAUCGUCCUCCUCCACGGCGGUCCCGGCACAGGAAAGACGCUUACAGCCGAAAGCGUGGCCGAGAUCGCUGAGAAGCCGCUGUACCGUGUCACAUGCGGCGACAUUGGCAUCGAGCCGCGGGAGGUGGAAAAGUACCUCGAGUCCGUAUUCUACCUCGGUCGAAUUUGGGACUGUGUCGUGCUUCUCGAUGAGGCAGAUGUGUUUCUCGAGCAGCGCUCGCUCGAGGACCUAGCACGCAACGCGCUUGUCUCCGUCUUCCUACGCACGCUCGAGUACUACAGUGGAAUUUUAAUACUGACGAGUAACCGCGUCGGCACGUUCGAUGAAGCGUUCAAGUCGCGCAUCCAGCUUGCCCUGCACUACAAGAACCUCGAUCAGCCGCAGCGCGCCCAGAUCUGGACCAACUUUAUCACUCGGCUGCAGGAUCUGAACGAGAGCAUGGACGCCGAUGGCAUCUUAGCCAAGGUUAAAGAUUUGUCGGAAUACCCUAUGAAUGGGCGCCAGAUCCGCAAUGCUAUUACGACGGCACGGCAGUUGGCUCUGUACAAUGAUGAGCCGCUUAACAUUGGGCACUUGCAGCACUCGAUUGCGGUGUCGGGCGAAUUUGACAAGUACCUCAUCAAGGUGAAGGGCGAUGUCGAUGACGACGAGCUGGCGAAGGAGGAGGGGUAUCGGGUUCCUUAA